UGCUGAGAAUGGAGAAGAAGAAGAAGAAGAAGAAGAAGAUGGGUUCACAUUUCUUCAAGAUAAUCUGCAAUUACAUUAUCCAAGAUAGACGGCUAGAACUUCCAAAAAAAAUUGUUAGGAUCUUUGGGGAAGAACUAGGUAAGGCCGGACUUAUUGAGGAUCCUACGGGUAAGAUUUGGCCGGUGGAAAUAAGGAAAGCAGAAGGUGAAAUUUACUUCCAGAGUGGCUGGCAAGAGUUCAGGGAGUACUUCUCAAUCUCUGUUGGGCAUUUUCUUAUUUUUAGAUACGUGGGGGAUUCCCAUUUUCAUGUAUCUAUAUGUGAUAAGACUGCGUGUGAGAUAGAAUAUCCAUGCCAGCCAAAGAAUGUUCAUGAAUCAAAACACCGGUCUAUGGAAAAUGAUCAAAAUACUGCAGCUAACCAAGCUGGACCAAGUUUUGUUGCGAGUAAACGCAACCGAUAUGAAGAUUAUCAAAAAGCUGGAGGGUCAGUUAAACGCAACAAGUCAGAUGGAUUUGAAGAGUACACAGGUAAACGAUGGGCAUCCUUCAAGCGCCAUCUUGAAGUGGUGACUAUUAGCUCUGAUGGUGAAAGCGAUGACGAAGAUUAUCAGAACCCCGGAGAUUCUGCCGAACAAAAUGAAUCGGAAGAAAUUGAAACAAUCAGCUGUAGACCAUGUGCCAAGCGCCAUCUUGAAAUGGUGACGAUUAGCUCUGAUGGUGAAAGCAACGACGAAGAUUAUCAAAAUCACGUAGAUUCUGAACCACGGGCAGUUAAUUUUGAGGGAGAUCCUGAAGUAGUAACCAUUAACUCAGAGAGCAGUGACAAACGUCCAAUGGAUACCCAACAUAGAUCCGCAAGUCACAAAGGAAAAUACAAGAUUGCGAAAAUGGUUAGUUAUGCAGAACAUAAAGCGGAUGUAUCGGAAUGUAGAUCUGGAAAAGCAAUGAGUGCUAUUGGAAAAGCUAGAGCAUUCAAAUCUGAGUUUCCAACAUGUACAAUUGUCAUAAAACAAUCUCAUUUGCAGAAACACAGUCUUGUGCAUGUGCCCUAUGAGUUCUCAAGAGAUUUUUUGACUAAGGCAGGCGAAGUCACUCUUAAAGAUUCAACAGGAAAAAAGUGGCGUGUCGAAUAUUAUUACUAUAGAAGUGGUGGUAGGAGUUCAUGUUUCAAAGCCAAUCUGUGUAAGGGUUGGUACGAGUUUGUCUUGGACAAUCAUUUGAAAGUUGAUGAUGCUUGUGUCUUUGAGCUGGUUGAUACUGAUAAUCUUGAGAUGAAGGUUAACAUUUUCCGAGUCUCUCCAGACAUGGCCUUCAACACACUCAAACCUGAUAGUGAAAGUGAUGACGAGCACACCAUGCCUACCCAAACUAAAUCUGCAAUCCGUGGAGGAAACCGCAAGAUUUCUAAAACAGGUGAAGUGAAAGUAUGGAAAAAUAAAUGUCAAAGAGCAAUGGGUGACCCUGUUAACAAAGAAGCUACAGCAUUCAAGUCUGAGUUCCCGACAUGUAGAAUUAUCAUGAAACCAUCUUAUUUGCUCAAAGGCUAUACUGUGCAUGUACCAUUUCAGUUCGCACGAGAUUUUUUGACAAACAGAGGUGAUGAUUCGGUCACUCUUAAGGAUUCAACAGGGAAAAAGUGGCAUGUCAGAUAUAAAACUUAUUCGUCGGAAAUGAAAGCUAUUCUAUCUAAGGGGUGGUACGUGUUCGUCUUGGAUAAUCAUUUGAAGGUUAACGAUGCUUGUAUUUUUGAGCUGGAUGAUAUUGAUAAUCUUGAGAUGAAGGUGAACAUUUUCCGAGCCUCUCCAGACAUGGUUUAACUCAUCGGGUGUAAUAGCCUUUAUGCUUUUUGUGCAUUUUGUUAUUUGUUUGGACAAAACCUUGUAUGUUUGUGAACUAAAAUUCGAGUAUUAAGAGAUUUUUUAUC